GGCUCCGGGCUGGUGAGGUCUCCCACAGUCCAACGGAGGAUGCCGGUUCGGCUCCCUGGGGUCAUGGGAGACUGAGUGGAGACCGGGGACGUUGCGAGUUGAAGCCUAGACCACGGGAAGCAGAGCCGCCACCUAAAGUGGACUCCGAGGCCGCUGGAGCGGGGCGACGCGCGGGAACCAUCGGCCAAGCGAUUGAGCGUGCCCUCCGAAGGUUUCCGCAGGCCCGGUGUCCAAGCUUCCCCUGAGUGUGGACUGGGGAAUUAGGGACUUGGCGCGAUGAGGAGUCGGAGUAACUCAGGGGUCCGCCUGGACGGCUAUGCUCGGCUGGUGCAUCAGACCAUCCUGUGCCAUCAGAAUCCAGUGACAGGAUUGCUUCCAGCCAGCUAUGAUCAGAAAGAUGCCUGGGUCAGAGAUAAUGUGUAUAGCAUCCUGGCUGUGUGGGGUUUGGGCCUGGCAUAUCGGAAAAAUGCAGACCGUGAUGAGGACAAGGCGAAGGCCUAUGAGCUGGAGCAGAGUGUAGUGAAGUUAAUGAGGGGACUGCUGCACUGCAUGAUCAGACAGGUGGAUAAAGUAGAGUCCUUCAAGUAUAGUCAGAGUACUAAGGAUAGCCUCCAUGCCAAGUACAACACCAAAACUUGUGCCACUGUAGUGGGUGAUGACCAGUGGGGACACCUGCAGUUGGAUGCUACUUCCGUGUACCUGCUCUUUCUAGCACAAAUGACUGCCUCAGGAUUGCAUAUCAUCCACAGCCUAGAUGAAGUCAAUUUUAUACAGAACCUUGUGUUUUACAUUGAAGCUGCAUAUAAAACCGCUGACUUUGGGAUAUGGGAACGUGGAGACAAGACCAACCAAGGCAUCUCAGAAUUGAAUGCAAGUUCAGUUGGAAUGGCCAAGGCAGCCCUGGAAGCACUAGAUGAAUUAGACUUGUUUGGUGUGAAAGGUGGGCCACAAUCAGUUAUCCAUGUCCUGGCUGAUGAAGUACAACACUGCCAGUCGAUCCUAAAUUCACUGCUGCCCCGGGCUUCAACAUCCAAAGAAGUUGAUGCCAGUCUGCUGUCAGUGAUCUCUUUCCCAGCCUUUGCUGUAGAGGACAGCCAUUUGGUAGAGCUCACCAAACAGGAGAUCAUCACCAAGCUUCAGGGUCGUUAUGGUUGCUGUCGUUUUCUACGAGAUGGAUAUAAAACUCCUAAAGAGGAUCCAAAUCGUCUAUACUAUGAACCAGCUGAGCUGAAGUUAUUUGAAAACAUUGAGUGCGAAUGGCCAUUGUUCUGGACAUACUUUAUCCUUGAUGGGGUCUUCAGUGGGAACGCAGAACAGGUCCAAGAAUAUAGAGAGGCUCUUGAUGCAGUUCUCAUCAAGGGCAAAAAUGGAGUCCCACUUCUUCCAGAGCUGUACAGUGUUCCCCCUGACAAGGUUGAUGAAGAAUAUCAAAAUCCUCACACUGUGGAUCGAGUCCCCAUGGGAAAAUUGCCUCACAUGUGGGGUCAGUCUCUAUACAUUUUAGGAAGCUUGAUGGCAGAGGGAUUUUUAGCUCCUGGAGAAAUUGAUCCCCUGAAUCGUAGGUUUUCUACUGUGCCAAAGCCAGAUGUGGUGGUUCAAGUGUCUAUUCUAGCUGAAACAGAAGAAAUCAAGGCCAUUUUAAAGGACAAAGGAAUUGAUGUGGAGACCAUUGCCGAGGUGUACCCUAUCAGAGUACAACCUGCUCGUAUUCUCAGCCACAUUUAUUCCAGUCUAGGAUGCAACAGUAGAAUGAAACUCAGUGGACGACCCUACAGGUUCAUGGGUGUGCUUGGAACAUCAAAACUCUAUGAUAUUCGCAAAACAGUCUUCACUUUCACUCCACAGUUUAUAGACCAGCAACAGUUCUACCUGGCUCUGGACAACCAGAUGAUAGUAGAAAUGCUUAGAACAGAUCUGUCCUACCUCUGUAGCCGCUGGAGAAUGACAGGCCAGCCCACCAUCACUUUCCCCAUCUCACACAGCAUGCUUGAGGAAGAUGGAACCAGCUUGAAUUCAAGUAUUCUGGCAGCACUCCGAAAAAUGCAGGAUGGCUAUUUUGGUGGGGCAAGGAUCCAGACAGGUAAAUUGUCAGAGUUUUUGACAACAUCUUGCUGCACACACUUAAGCUUCAUGGACCCUGGACCUGAGGGUAAGCUGUACAAUGAAGAUUAUGAUGAAGACUAUGAUGAGCUGGAAUCUGGCAACUGGAUGAUGGAUAGCUAUGAUUCAACAAGUAAUGCUCGCUGUGGUGAUGAAGUUGCUCGUUACUUAGACCACCUUUUGGCACACACUGUUCCCCAUCCUAAACAAGCUCCUACCUCACAGAAGGGAGGGCUAGAUCGGUUCCGAGCUGCUGUGCAAACAACUUGCGACUUAAUGUCCUUGGUGAGCAAGGCCAAGGAGCUGCAUGUACAGAAUGUUCACAUGUACCUUCCUACAAAGUUAUUUCAGCCUUCUCGCCCUUCAUUCAAUUUACUUGACUCACCUCAGUCUCCACAAGAUAACCAGGUUCCUUCUGUUCGUGUAGAGGUACAUCUUCCUAGAGACAAAUCUGGGGAAGUGGACUUCCAGUCGCUGGUUUCACAGUUGAAGGAGACUUCAAGCUUACAAGAGCAAGCCGAUAUACUCUAUAUGCUGUACUCAAUGAAAGGACCUGACUGGGACACUGAAUUGUAUGAAGAAGGAGGUGCUACUGUCAGGGAGCUUCUUAGCGAACUAUAUGGCAAAGUUGGUGAAAUUCGGCACUGGGGUCUGAUCCGAUACAUCUCUGGGAUCUUAAGGAAGAAGGUGGAGGCACUUGAUGAGGCCUGCACAGACCUUCUCUCAUACCAGAAACACCUGACGGUAGGACUUCCUCCAGAACCUCGCGAGAAGACCAUCUCUGCACCUCUACCAUAUGAGGCACUCACUAAACUAAUAGACGAAGCCAGUGAAGGAGACAUGAGCAUUUCAAUCCUUACACAGGAAAUAAUGGUAUAUCUUGCCAUGUACAUGAGAACUCAGCCUGGCCUCUUUGCUGAAAUGUUCCGACUUCGAAUUGGUCUGAUCAUCCAAGUUAUGGCAACAGAACUGGCUCACUCUCUUCGAUGCUCAGCUGAAGAAGCCACAGAGGGCCUGAUGAAUCUGAGUCCUUCUGCCAUGAAGAACCUCCUGCACCACAUCCUCAGUGGCAAAGAGUUUGGAGUGGAACGAAGUGUUCGUCCCAUUGAUUCAAAUGUGAGUCCUGCUAUUUCCAUCCAUGAGAUUGGUGCUGUUGGAGCAACAAAAACAGAACGAACUGGAAUCAUGCAGUUAAAAAGUGAGAUAAAGCAGGUGGAAUUUCGUAGACUAUCUGUCUCUACUGAGAGUCAGGUGGAAUUUCGUAAACUGUCUGUCUCUACUGAGAGUCAGAACAGUGGUGGUCAUCCCUCUGGUGUAGAUUUGAUGUCACCGUCCUUUCUGUCACCUGCAGCCUGUAUUGCUGCAAGCAGUGGAUCCUUUCCUACUGUGUAUGGUCAACAGACAUCUAAAGAUAGUCGUCAAGGUCAAUGGCAACGGCGGAGAAGACUAGAUGGAGCCCUAAAUAGAGUACCAAUCGGAUUUUAUCAAAAAGUAUGGAAAAUUUUGCAAAAAUGUCAUGGACUUUCUGUGGAAGGUUUUGUUCUUCCUUCUUCAACCACAAGGGAGAUGACCCCAGGCGAGAUUAAAUUCUCUGUCCAUGUGGAGUCUGUCCUGAAUCGUGUACCUCAACCAGAGUACCGCCAGCUUCUGGUUGAAGCCAUCCUUGUCCUUACCAUGCUGGCAGAUAUUGAAAUUCAUAGCAUUGGAAGCAUCAUUGCUGUGGAAAAAAUAGUACACAUUGCCAAUGACUUGUUCCUUCAAGAACAGAAAACCCUUGGCGCAGAUGACGUCAUGUUGGCCAAGGAUCCUGCAUCUGGCAUCUGUACUCUUCUGUAUGACAGCGCACCCAGUGGCAGGUUUGGCACAAUGACCUACCUCUCCAAGGCAGCUGCUACCUACGUGCAGGAGUUUCUGCCACACAGCCUCUGUGCCAUGCAGUGAGGGCUGUGGGUUCUGGCUGCUGAAAUCCUCUCAGCAUCUGGUGCCUGUGUUGGUUGAUUGUGCAUGGAACAGAAAUGUUAACACCUGACCACUCCCCAUCCCCCCAGGAAGAGAGAACUUUGCUGAUAAUCUCACUACUUUUGAAGAAAAGAACCCUCACUCCAGUGUAAAGGUUCAACUGGGUCUACAAUCACUAUCCCUGCUUCUUUUAUGGUUCAGAAAUGUCUGCAUGUGUUUUUACUCUGUAGAACUGUUACCAGCUUAGUUUUCUUUCUUUUUUUUUUAAUUAAUUUAUUUAAUUAUUAAAGAUUUCUGCCUCUUCCCCGCCACCACCUCCCAUUCCCUCCCCCUCCCCCAAUCAAGUCUUCCUUCCUCCUCAGCCCAAAGAGCAAGCGGGUUUCUCUGCCCUGUGGGAGGUCCAAGGACCCCCCACCUCCAUCCAGGUCUAUUAAGGUGAGCAUCCAAACUACCUGGGCUCCCACAAAGCCAUUACGUGCAAUAGGAUCAAGAACCCAUUGCCAUUGUUCUUCAGUUCUCAGUAGUCCUCAUUGUCCAUUAUGUUCAGCGAGACCGGUUUUGUCCCAUGCUUUUUCAGACCCCGGCCAGCUGGCCUUGGUGAGUUCCCGAUAGAACAUCCCCAUUGCCUCAGUGUGUGGGUGCACCCCUCGCAGUCCUGAUUUCCUUGCUCGUGCUCACUCUCCUUCUGCUCCUCCUUUGGAUCGUAGAGAAGCUAAAUAAGAAGGUGAACCCAAAGAAAAACAUAUAACCAGCUUAGUUUUCUAACUCCUUUUGAGAAACAGGUAUUAAUAAGUUAUUCUGAAGCCCUUAUUAUUCUUAUUUCUGGGAUUCCUUUCUUUUUUGUGUAUAUGAGUGGUGGGUCUUUCUUUCUUUCUUUUUUUUUUUUUUUUUUUUUUUUGGUUUUUCGAGACAGGGUUUCUCUGUGGUUUUGGAGCCUGUCCUGGAACUAGCUCUUGUAGACCAGGCUGGUCUCGAACUCACAGAGAUCCGCCUGCCUCUGCCUCCUGAGUGCUGGGAUUAAAGGCGUGUGCCACCACCGCCCGGCAUGAGUGGUGGGUCUUAAUUGGGUCAUUAUUUCAAGAGAGUAGACGCUAAAUUGUUGGAUUUUAUACUGCUGUAAUUUUGAAAUGUCUAUUUUAAGUGCCUUAAGAAAAGCCAACACCAGAUCAUGGCUUCCUUCUUCACUCGAAGGCUGAUUCAUUUUGAGUGGUGAAAUAGUUUCUUUGUCGAAUAUUGCCUUUUGAUGUUGACCUUUCUAUAUCUGCCCAUGUUGCCUGCUCUGUGGUGAAAUAUUAAAAAAUGUAAACUCACAUGUAAGUUUAAGGAUCUCUAUGUUAAUACUUGAAGUCACAUUUUAUGAGGACUGAUGCUACCAGGCACAUAUUUGAGGACACAUGGAAUAACCCAGAAAAAAUGGAGCCAGGAGUCCAGUUCCAGAGAGGAAGGGAAACGGGAGGUUAUGUAGGUGGUGCUUUACACACAGGGAGUCAAGAGACCACCAGAGGCAGGUAGGUUAAUCCCUGCUGGAGCAUAGCCCACAUACAACACAGAGAAUAACUGAAGCCUUGAGCAAAGAGAAACCCAGCAGUCCAGUCUGUGGCUGCUCUACUGAGCACCUCUUUCCUGUUCUUUUGUUCUCCACCUCACCUAUUCACACCCCACCACACUCAAAUCACUCCUCAGCUCCCUCCUCUCCCACAUCUGUUCUUCAAUUCUUUCACUUGUGUUUCUUUUCACUUCUCAGUUAUACUACUUAUAUCCUUUAAUCUUGGUAUCUGUGGCCAAAUAUCUAUUGUUAUACAUAUUUCUGUGGGUUUGUAAUGGUUAAAUAAUUCUAAGUAUUUUGAGUGUGUCUGCCCAUCUCUACAUUUAAUGGAUUGAAUAACCAUGUAGAUAACAUUGCAAACCAAGCCUGGUCAUACUCAUUGCUAAUCUGAGAACUUGAGAGGCUGAAGGAGGAUCGUGAGUUCAAAGCCAGCCUGGGCAAGCUUCAGUAUGAGACCCUGUCUCAAAACAUUUUAAAGCAUGUUGUGUGUGAGAGGGAGCUAUGCAGCUGGCCUCAGAUUGACACACAAAGGAUCGCAAAAAUAUACCUUCCAUCCCAUUCUCUGGUCCCAUGUAUAGGUAGCCUGGCUUAGCAGAGGCUUCCCCUGGUUUUCCUUGUUUCUACUCGACUCCUCUUUCCCUCAGAGUUUUAAGGGUUUUCUCCCAGAACAAUAAUGAGUAUGAUGGGGCUAGUGAACUCAAAACAGUCACAGAAUCGGGAACAGUCUUCCAGGCACACUGACCAAGUGCAGUGAGCUAGCAAACGGGUGGUAGAAGCAAAGGCCUCCUUUCCCCUCUCACAGCCAUGGGAACACACAGUGAGUAGCUUUCUGAGUGCAUGGUUUUCUGGUCACUUUUGAGGAGAACAUACAACCCGUUUGUCUUUUCACAGCCUAUAAGUACCCUAGUCACAGGAAGCACACCCAGCACUGCUGGUGGCAACUGCCACUCCUUCCUGGACCUCUUUUCUUGAACUGACUCCAAUGCCUGCCGUUCUCUGGAGUUACUGACUUGUCUGUUGAUGGAAAGCCCAAGCAGUGGCAUUUAAUUUCUAAAGUAACUUUCCAGAAAACAUUACUUGUAUUUUGUUCUUUUUUUUUCCUUUUGUUCUUAUUUUUUCGAGACAGGGUUUUUCUGUGUAGCCCUUCAUGUCCUGGAACUCACUCUGUAGACCAGGCUGGCCUCCAAUUCACAGAGAUCUGCCUGCCUCUGCCUCCUGAGUGCUGGAUUUAAAGGCAUGUGCACCACCCCUACCUGGCUAAGUAUUUUGUUCAUUUUAAGAGUGUUAAUAUGAAGAAAGAAACAUGAUGGAACUUUUUACAAGCACUUUAUGUUUUGAAGUUAGAAUAAAGAAUAAGAAUUUACUGUGUCUGGUGUCACUGCACAAAACCUUAUAUGUUUUUGUGAUUGAAGCUGAUUAAUUACCAUUUCACAUAAUGUUUGGAUAUAUUAUAUACUCAAAGCUCAUUAACUGGGUCAAAUUAGAGGAGCAUUUAUAUACCGUACAUUAUUAUACCGCACAU